GUUUUCGUGCAUGAAAAGACUCUUCUCUUCUUCUUCUUCUUCUUUUCAUCUUUUCCUUCUCAACUUAAAACUGAUUCUAGAGAUGUACCCAUUUCAUUUCCCUAAAUCAUCAUCUUUGCCAUGCCGAUCCUCGUGAAUGACAACAUGGGAAGCUCCUUCGACGAAUUCAAGAAGCGGGCCUCUUCAUUUCUCAAGGAAAAGAUCGUCAAGACCGUGCGCCUAAAGCUGACUGAUGUUACACCAGCUGAAAUAUUGACAGAAGAAGCCACAAAUGGAAAUCCAAGGCCACCGGACGCGCGCGGUAUGGCCAUAAUAUCGCAGGCUGCGUUCGAAGUGGAUGAUUAUUGGAGAAUAGUAGAGAUUCUGCACAAGAGGUUGGUGCAAUUUGAUAGAAAGAAUUGGCGAGUCACUUACAAGGCUCUAAUAGUGUUGGAGCACUUGUUGACCCACGGACCACAGCGUGUGGUUGAAGAGUUUCAAAGCGAUAGAGGCGUUAUCAAGGAGAUGAAAGACUUUCAAUACGUUGAUCAGAAAGGAUUCAACUGGGGCGCGAGAGUCGGCGACUUGUCCGAGAGAGUACAGAACCUGCUUGAAGAUGGUGAAUACUUGAGAGAAGAAAGAGCGAGGGCACGCAAGUUGACUCGAGGAAUACAAGGCUUUGGGAGCCUCCAGCGGCCGUUUUCUUCCACGGACGUUGGCGGCUUCGAAGGCUGCUCCUCAUCAUCACCGUACGGCAGGUGCAAUUCUCAGUACAGCGAAAUCACUGGAUUUGACAGCAGAAAAUACGCUCUGAUGGAAUCGAACAUGGUGAUGGAUGGCAACGAAGAGUGUCGUCACUCCACAGAAGACCAUCCUUUCUGUGAAAUCGGGCGUCCGACUAAUAAGAUGUCUCUUCUUCCUAGUCCGAGUGCCUGAUCAAGAUUUUCGGUUUGCAAAGUGAUGUAUAUUGACCUUACUAUGGAGAGAGGGAAAUUAGAAGUCGGUUCUUUUGUUUCGGUACAUUUUGUCAGCAAAGAUAAAUCAAAGGGUUUAGGACUUUGCUCAACUGACUUUUGGUUGAUUUGUUCUUUGUGCCGGUCUCAAUAAGCAGUGGUCUCAAUUGUGUAUGGUUUCUAUAGCCUAACGUGAAUGCACUCCUAAGAGAUUUCAUCGUGA